ACGCUCUCUUCCUGUCUUGGUAGCUCUCGAAAGGUAUUUGGGGUGCGCGCGAUGAGAUUGCUGGCAUUUGUGGUGUUGGCUCUCUCUGUUGGCACUCAAGCAGAGGAGGGGGCCAGGCUUUUGGCAUCCAAGUCACUGCUAAACAGAUAUGCUGUGGAGGGGCGAGACCUGACCUUACAGUACAACAUCUAUAAUGUUGGUUCAAGUGCUGCAUUAGAUGUGGAAUUAUCUGAUGAUUCCUUCCCCCCAGAAGACUUUGGCAUUGUAUCUGGAAUGCUCAAUGUCAAAUGGGACCGGAUUGCCCCUGCUAGCAAUGUGUCCCAUACCGUGGUCCUGCGCCCUCUCAAGGCUGGCUACUUCAACUUCACCUCAGCAACCAUUACAUACCUGGCCCAGGAGGAUGGGCCUGUUGUGAUUGGCUUUACCAGUGCCCCUGGACAGGGAGGAAUCCUGGCUCAGCGGGAGUUUGAUAGGAGAUUCUCACCCCAUUUUCUAGACUGGGCAGCCUUCGGGGUCAUGACCCUUCCCUCCAUUGGCAUCCCCCUGCUCCUGUGGUACUCCAGCAAGAGGAAAUAUGAUACUCCCAAAACCAAGAAGAACUGAGUGGGGCUUCCAUAGCCCUCCCCCACAGAGAAAUCCAGGUGCUUUCCAGACUCCAAAGGGUAUAUCAAAUGCAAUCUCUUCUCCUUUAGCCCUGGCUACUUUCUCCUGGAUCCUGCUUUGCUCUCAACUAGAGUAAAGGAACAGGCCUAGAAAUCUGAGAGCCUCCUUGGUUCUAUUCUGAAGCCAUACAAAUAGGAAUGCUUUUGGCAGCAGCCUUGAGCCUAGAGGGCCCUCUGGUGCUUCACUGAGGGGCUGGUGGGUAUAUUGCUGGCAACGUGAACUCUCGGAUCCAGGACAGGGCACUUCGGAGACUGCCUGACAUCACCCUGCCCUUCGCCCUCCCCUCUCAGAGAGUAGAAGGUGAUAUGAAAGCUAUAUGACUCUUGAAGGUUACUCAAUCUCUAUUCUAGGUUAGGGAAGUGUUUACCAAAUGGAGUUUUCUAAUAAAAAUAAUAAAUGCCACACUGA